UAAUUGUUGAGGAACACGAUACGGAAACAAGUUUCAACUACUUUUGGCAUGAAUUGCAAAGGAAAACCACAGAAUUUGGCCCUUUCGUAUGCAACCAUGAAAUUAAGCUCAAUGUACUCGUAUUCAAGGCGUUCUGGCGCCCUAUGGUUUCAGCUCUUAUGUACGUGUUUUUUACUGCGACUAAGGAUACAGUAUACCAACAUGUUAUAAAUGGUAUACAUCAAUGCGUUACUAUAGCAUCUCAAGUUUCGCUUUUUGACACAAUUGAUUUCAUCGUAGGAAGACUCUCUCACAUAGUGUUGCUUUCUAUUGGAUCAUUUCCUAGAAGAACAUUUUCAACAACUGUUAACUAUAACGAAGCAUCAAUUAAGGUGAACGAUGCCACGGUUGCCAUAGGCAGAGAUUUUCGAGCACAAUUGGCGGUUAUCUUACUGUUUUGGAUAUUUAACAAGUUUGCAAGUUCUAUGCGCUACGGAAUGCAGGAUCUCUUUAGUGUUCUUUCUUGUCUCGUUCAAGAAAAUGUAAUUGAAGGUGAUUGUCUUCCCACUUUUCCUUUCACGAAAACCUGUUAUUUCCCCAUACCUGAUACAACCUCAAAGAAAAAUAAAUCUGGUAAAGAGUCGGGUAUACUUUCCACCUUUUCUUCCUUCCUUGCAGGUUAUUCAAGCGAGAAUGAACCUACACCGACUGAAACCGAAGUAGAAUACAGUCUAUGUGCAGCCGAUUGCUUAAAAUCCUCAAAGCUGCGUGAAUGUCUUUUGAACUUUCCUACCCACAUAAAUAACGCUGCAGCAGAGUGGUUGUUCAAUACCUUCAUUACAAUAACAGAGAACAGUGAGAGGGUUGUUCCUCUGUUCAUUUCCAAUUCACUCAUUCUUAUCGAAACCGAUGUUGACACUCUGCGGUAUCAGUUUUGCGACGAAGUUUUAAUAAGUCUUCCCAUUGAAAUCCUUACAAGCAUAUGCCUGCAGUGUCCCCAAGAUUACCAACCGUACGCAGUGAAACUUCUUAUGUUUAUUUCUCAAGAAAUAACGCGAAUUCCCGCCGCAACCUGCCAUCUUUUCUCAUGUGCUUCAGCUCUUAUAAGUUUUAAAUGUGUUUCAAUUGCAGAAGGCAGUAUGGUUUGCCGGAUUAUGGAUUCCAUGCUGGCGAAGCUUGCCUCAACAAAUUUACUUGCUGUAAAGCCUAUUCGUCACUCGUUAUUACAAAUAUGUGAAAACACAACUGUUCUGCAGAAAACAGAGAGCUUCACCCAAUUAUGCAUACAACUCGCAGACCAACUUGGUACUUCAGAGGAGAUUGUCCCAUUGUUUGAGCAGGUCUGUAUUACUGCUUUGCCCCGAGAACUUUACGAACAAUUUUUGUCAUCUAUUACAAAUUCUGUGAGAAAAAUGUCCAAAGCAAUCACUGCAACCAUACUCGAACAUAAACGAUCAAAUGCCCGGAACAAAACCUUGGAUAAGGAAGUUAUCGAUCAACAUGCCAAAAGUGUCAGCGAUUUACUUCAAUUGUUUGCCUCAACUUCUACUAUGCUUAAUACCAUCACCAAAAUAAAUGAAGAGGAUGAAGCUGAAGCUGAAAAUCUUGCUCGUUGGAAAAUAUUAUACAAAAAUCUAAGACGUCUGUGUACAUCUCAGGGGAAAACAGUUCGUGCUACUUCAUUGACUGUAUUACAACAAAUUAUUAUGAAGCAGUUGGACGCAGAACACGAUGUCGGUGUAACCCUGUUGUUAUUCGACGAGAUUCUGGUCCCAAUUCUUCAAGAUAUGAUGAAGUAUUCCCCCCCUCGACACGAAGGACGAAUGAUGGGCCAAGCUCAGGCCUUAAUGUUUAAUAUUCUCUGCAAAACCCUGCUUAUUGAUAUGACUUUAUUAUCCUCUGAUUCAAAUGCUCUCCCAAGUCUUUGGGUUCGUGUUAUGGAACUCUCCUGUUCCCUUUAUCAGUUGAACAAGAGUGAACCCUUGACGGAAGUUACGGAAUCGUUAAAAAACGUUCAUCUCAUUCUUACUUCUGCUGGCUAUAUUAAGCAAAGCGAGACCGGAGAACUUCAAACUACCGAUACAGCACUCAAAGAGCAGUGGAAUUCUACUUGGAAGCGUCUCCUUACAUGUUUCCCAGAGCUUACUGAAGAGCUCAAGCCCGCCAAGACAGACAUACCAGAUCCUGAAAAAACAGACCCUUCGAACGAUUCGUAAAACAGCGCCCACACCGCUUCAUUCCACGGCUCCUUAAUUUAUAGUUACUACAACUUAUACAACUUUAUUUCAAAACCUAAUCCCGAUACCCGUAAGCUUUUCAUUUCGCUUAUGU